UCCUCUGUCAGGGGUGACGCUUGUGGAGAGGGGAGGAGUAAAAUGGAGCAGGAAAAGCCACUCGAUGCGUCUGUCGAUCAGUUGAGACUGUCUGAAACAGCUUCUGGAUCCAGCGCCUUGCCGUUUUUUCUUGUUUGGGGAGACCUCGGAUCGCUCCCUGGAUAGUUCCUCUGCCUCCCUUCUUCCGCUUCUUUCUCAUUCCAAUAGAGACAAACAUUUCAUUUUCACCAAAGCCGGAUGGUUUGGUUCCCUAUAUCCAGUCCACCGCAUCAACACUCCCCCCCUUAAAAAAAAACAAUCCGAUCCCCGUCCAAGAUGCGAUGAGAUGAACGCUGGGAUUCACAUCUAAAACGGAGCUCCCUGGCAAAAGAAGAGAGGAAAACGCGAGGGAUCAUUACUUCUCAGACUCUCUCUCUCUCACACACGGGACUUACUCGCUUUAUUUAUUCGAUAGCUUUCUUGUGCGUAAAAGGCGCAGCCAACUAUAUAUUCAGAAAAAAAAAAAUCCAGAUUUGUUUCAAAACUUCGAAGCCUUCCCCCAACCAUGACGGACGAUGAUCUCUGACGGACAUGAAGGUGUCAGUGACUGGCAGAAUUCAUUUCUAAUUUCCGAGUUCGUCAUCGCUGGAGCCGAUCCAGCUCUCAAGUCAAAAAAGACUGACAAAGAAGAUUGAUAUUCUCAGCUGCGAGGUCCAAACCCAGCUCCCCUUGCAUAGAGGGAUGGUUUCUUCAAACUGAUCGCACUUGAUUUUUGUCCGUAAUUCCUGCAUGAGAAGCACCGUGGGGAGCAGCGGUCACUAUGCCGAGGAGAAAGCAGCAAGAGCCGCGGCGAUCAGCAGCUUACAUGCCUGAGGAUGAACUCAAAGCAGGCACCCACAAUGAGGAAGAGCACCUUCAGGAUGAUGGCCUCUCAUUAGACGGUCAGGAUAAUGAGUUUAUGUGCAACGACGAAGAGGACGAUUUCGAAGGGGGCCAGCUACCGAGCUACAGAGACUCUCCGCUCAGCAAUGGCACCAACCCGGACGCCGGGUACGGCUCCCCGCUCAGCGAUGCCAGUGAUCGACUUACAGACUUCAAGAGCACCUCCUCCAGGGAUGGUCAGGAGAGGGAAGGCCCUACACUACCCUUCCGUCCGAAUAAUGGCCUUUCUCUCCAGGAUAGCCUGGCUCAGAUGAAAGCCGUCUAUGCAAACCUCAUCUCAGAUGCCUCUUGGUCCAGCAUCACAAUGGACAUCAUGAAAUCUAAGCCUGCCACCACUGGCAGUGCAAGUAGUGCCCUCACCACUCCCGAACCUGUCUCUACUGCCCCGGCCUCCUCAACAACGACGACGACGGCCACCAACAAGAGCAGCGCUGUCAGCAUGGCAAACACUCAUCACAAUGGAAGGAGCUCGAGCACCGCUGUCAAUCACACAGGCAGUGCCAGUGGCAAUACUAAUGGUACACCAGCAAGCUCUGUUGGAGGCCAUGGGGCAACCAGCAGCAGUGGAAGUAGCAGUGGUGCGGCAAGCAACGGUGGUGGGGUCGCAUAUGACUGGCACCAGGCAGCACUUGCCAAGACUCUUCAGCAGACACCCUACCAUCUAUUACCGGAGCCCAGUCUCUUCAGCACGGUGCAGCUCUACAGGCAAAACAAUAAGCUGUAUGGUUCUGUAUUCACUGGUGCCAGCAAGUUUCGCUGCAAAGACUGCAGUGCUGCUUAUGACACCUUGGUUGGGUUGACAGUCCACAUGAACGAGACUGGCCACUAUCGAGAUGAUAACAAGGACAAAGAUGAGGAUCAGGGCAAACGCUGGUCCAAGCCCCGUAAGCGCUCGCUCAUGGAAAUGGAAGGAAAAGAGGAUGCCCAAAAGGUGCUCAAGUGCAUGUAUUGCGGCCACUCAUUUGAAUCUCUGCAAGAUCUCAGUGUCCAUAUGAUCAAGACCAAGCAUUAUCAGAAAGUGCCUCUCAAAGAACCGGUGCCGGCCUUGGCCACCAAACUGGUUCCCACUUCAGCUAAAAAACGAGCGAUCCAAGAUUCGAUCAUUUCGCCGUGUUCUCCAGAAUCCAUCCAUGCUGGCAGUGGUGGCGGCUGUGUCUCUCUAGGGGAUGUUGGCAAGGACACAAAAGCAGUGGCUAACCCCUACGUGACGGCAAACAACCGCUACGGCUAUCAAAAUGGCGCCAGCUAUACGUGGCAGUUCGAAGCGCGUAAAGCUCAGAUCCUUAAGUGCAUGGAGUGUGGUAGCUCGCAUGAUACACUUCAACAACUCACUGCUCACAUGAUGGUUACGGGCCACUUUUUGAAGGUCACAAAUUCUGCAUCCAAAAAAGGCAAGCAGCUGGUAUUCGAUCCAGUCGUAGAGGAGAAGAUUCAAUCUAUACCAUUGCCACCCACUACGACCAGGCUCCCCGUCCCAAGUACUGUUAAAUCACAACCUGUAUCUCCUGCCCUCUCCUCUAGCUCUGAGGACAAGAGGGAAGCAAGUGAGGAAGAGAAAGUUGAAAACAGUGAACCUGCUGAGAAGAAAAUCAAAGAGGAAAAAGACGAGCCUGGUGAAAAAUCAGAGACUGACACUACAUCAUAUAAAUAUCUUCGAGAAGAAGAUUUAGAAGAAACACCCAAAGAGGGUUUAGAUAUCCUUAAAUCCCUUGAGAACACAGUUUCUAGUGCCAUAAGCAAGGCUCAGACAGGUACGCCCACAUGGGGGGGAUAUCCUAGUAUACACGCGGCUUACCAGCUACAAGGUGCUAUGAAGAGCUCCGCUACUGUCUUACCCUCAACCAUUCAGAGUGUCCAGAUGCAGCCUAUGUUCAACAGCGGAAUCAGAGGCCUCGUGACUGACCCCAACUCUGUCAUCCAUUCCCCGCGCAGCCCGUCCUCCCCUACGCCCCUCAGAAGCAAUGUCACUGCCAUGGAGGAGCUAGUGGAGAAAGUCACAGGGAAAACUGCCACGGUGAAGAAAGAAAAGGAAGAGAAGAUUGUAGGCAUGGAGCGAUGCCGGGCUCCGUCAUUGGUAAAAUCGCCCUCCCCUGUGUUGAGGGAGCAGAAAGAGCAACUCGCCUCCCCGAAUGAACUCUCUGUAUGUAAACAGUCUGGUAUGAGGAGUAGCAGUCCGGGCAGUGUGGACUCAGAAGUGACCUGCAAGAAAGAGCCAAAAGAAAGCCUCGUCGACGUCCACAAUAACCACGCAAAGAACGGCUCUGAAGCUCGCCAAUCCCCAGUAACUAACGGCAACAGUCUUGGCAUCAUCACUGAUCAUUCACCGGAAAUUCCUUUCGUCAACCCGCUAAGUGCUCUCCAGUCAAUCAUGAACACACAUCUCGGCAAGGCCUCCAAACCAGUAAACCCAGCUGCAGACCCCCUGUCAAUGCUGUACAAGAUUAGCAACAGCAUGAUGGAUAAGACCACUUUUAAUUCAGCCCCUCAAGGCAAGCAGACCGAGUCCACAAACCACUUCCAGUUGUAUGACAACAAUGACCAGCCCAUUGACCUGAGUAAAAACAAGUCAGUGUGCAAUAACAACAGUAACAACGGUAGCAAUGUUCUCCUGACCAACAACGGCGUCAAUGGCAACAAGCCCCUCAUUUCCCUCAGCGACGCGGUUUCGUCGCCUUUGAGAGAAAAUGCGUUGAUGGAUAUUUCUGAUAUGGUCAAGAACCUCACUGGGCGACUCACUCCCAAGUCCUCCACGCCGUCCUCAAUUUCAGAAAAGUCCGACGCAGAUGGAAGUGCGUUUGAAGACGCCCUAGAUGACAUGUCCCCAGUGCAAAAGAGGAAAGGGAGGCAGUCAAAUUGGAAUCCGCAGCACCUCCUCAUACUUCAGGCCCAGUUCGCGUCCAGCCUGAGGGAGACCCCGGAAGGGCGCUAUGCUAUGACUGACUUGGGCCCUCAGGAAAGGGUCCACAUCUGUAAGUUCACUGGCCUCUCAAUGACGACCAUAUCACACUGGCUGGCGAACGUCAAGUACCAGCUGAGACGGACUGGGGGCACUAAGUUUCUCAAAAACAUGGACUCAUGCCAGCCUGUUUUUCUCUGUGGCGACUGUGCCUCGCAGUUCAGGACUCCCUCCUCCUACAUUAGCCACCUGGAGUCUCACCUGGGCUUCAGCUUGAAGGACCUGUCCAAACUGUCAGCUGAGCACCUACGGGAGCAGCAGGCUGUCUCAAAGGUGAUCACAGACAAAAUGACAUUCGGCAGCCCUCUGUCAGCCUUGACCACACCGGAGGACGACAUAGGCUCUGUGUACCAGUGCAGACUCUGCAAUCGGACAUUCGUCAGCAAACACGCAGUGAAACUGCACCUCAGUAAGACCCACGGCAAGUCUCCGGAGGACCACCUGGUGUUUGUCACAGCUUUAGAGAAACUGGAGAAGCUAGACAAGCUAGAAAAGGUUUGAGCAGGGUCUCUUGCUGAGCUUAGAGACAGACAUCUGUGGAACUGACUAGAAUUUCAUUGCACUAAUAUGACUGUUCACAGUUACUGCACUGGGCCGAACUGAGCCACCAGAAAAUGAAAAUCAGUCUUAUUUUUAUUUUUUUUGUUGUGAUAACUGCCUGACUGGACCAUGUCUUUUCAUGUUAAUUUGUUUGUUUUGCCAAGUUUUUUUUUUUUUUUUUUACGGUUAUUUUGUAAUAUAUUUAUAUUCUAUUUGUCUGAUCUGUGCAUGUAUUUUAAUGACUCAAGAUUAAACACACGGUUUUAAUCUUCUCAUGUCAAAAUACAACUACUGCUUCAAUGGUAAAUGUGGAAACAGAAUGGGGGCGGGGGGGGGGCUGUAUAGUACUUGAUUUGAAGAAAAUAAAAAUUUAAUGUAUACACUAAAAUAAGGUAAGAUCCUGAAGGACUGAAGUAGCACCUUAGACCGUUGAAUUUUGCAUUGUAAAGAGAAAACGCGCAGCAUUUGUCGGAAUCGAGCAGGUUGAGAUUGUGGAUGAUCAUUUUCCCGCCAUGGUUUGGGUUCCUGUCAUCGCAAUGUGUUGAUGAUGAAUGGCCUGCUCACAAAAUCUGUCAACGUCCUCAAGAAAAAGAUUGUGUGAACAUUUGGUGAAGAAGAAAAAAAACACACACAAGAAAAAAAAAAAAACUGAAAUGCUGCUUCUGGUUAUGAGUCAAUCAGUAAAAAUAAAUGGCCAUCAGUAUGCAAGUUUGCUCCAAAUCUUUCCAUGUCGUGAAGUAUCACCUUAUAUCAAUUUCCCAGUUGUAUGGUUUGGUAAGCUCUCUUUUUGUCUCUUUCUUCAACUGUAUGAGUAACAGUUUGUUACAUGUAAAUUGUUACCAGUGACAUGUCAAUACUCCAUGAGACAUAUCUCGAGAAACAGCUUGUCAUUCUUUCUAUCUUAAGGUGUGUGCAUUCUCUAACUUUUAUAUUGUCAUUCUUUUUAUAUACAAAAAUGAUUAAAACGUAAAAACAGAUGGUGUACAUAGAUAUAUGCUGUAGAACUACAAAAUGUCCUUUUUUAAAGAAAUGGGAAAUUUAGCUUCUUUGGCUUGGUUUACAGAAAUGAUUUUAAUUAUACUUGCAUCCGAUUUGAUGCAUGAGAUGUUGUGGAAAAUAAGCGAUGCACAAUGACUAUACAUUUCAAUGUUUUAUCGAACAUAUUGUACAAAAAAACAAAAAAGACUUUUUAGCAACAAUAGUUUGUUAAUUUCUUUCUCAAUUGUAAAAUAAACCCCAAAGCAGUUGUUAACAGUCAAA